AUGAUCCAACUUAUCACACUCCUUUUUCUCGCUGCAGUGGGCAGCGCUAAUACUCCAGCAGCAGUUUGGAAUAACAUUGUUGGGAGAGCCGAGCCAGCCAAUUUCACAGCGGAUCCAACCCUUGGUCCAGGAGGAGAUGUUUUCAAAGACUCAAGCCAUUUCCGACUGUAUGGGACUUUGGAAGAAGCCACCGCGAAUGAUACCCUGAAUAUGAUGGAAGCUGCAUACGAUUGCUUUGUCACGGAUCUAGGAUGGCGCUCGACUGGUUCAUCUGUCAACAUUUCGGCUGGACAAGAUGCCCUUGGACCAUUUACCAAGACGAAUAUUUACUCCGUGGAUGACCUUGGCCCUGGAAUCGCUGGUCAGUUUAACACAACUGACAGCAAAGGAAUGGCAUGGUUUUCUGUUGUAAACAGAAAGGAUGUUUUGACCGACCCGGUCAUUACGAUCUCUAUAUAUGCUUUUGCCAUGAUGUACCACGAGAGAUCCUGGAUGAACAAUCUUAACUCCGGAGGCUGGUGGAAGGUCCUAGGAGGUUGGGCUGCCGAUGCCUCCUCAGUCUCGGAUUUGUGUGCACCAGCAAGAACAAAACACGGUGUAGAAGGCAAUAUAACAUACAUAGAGCUCCAAAAAGUCCUCGGUGACUCUCACCAAGUUAUAGUCGACGGCACAAGGAAUACUACAAACGUCUACGAUGCAUGGCCAUUUUUCACAUACUUGACAAACAACCUGGACAAUUUCGAGGGUCUCGGAAAGAAUACUAUCAGGGAAUUGAUGCGUCAGUACGAACCCAACAGCCACGAGACCCCUCUCCACACUUUAUCCCGUAUUUCCACCUGCGCCACAGUCGGCGAGCUGGUAGGAAAAUACUGGGCUCGCAUGGCCUACUGGGACAUCGGACACGCCCCUGGCCUAGAGGUGUUAUUCAACUGGCGACAUUUAGCCAACUAUACAAACGUUGACCUCGUCACAGAAGGGGAAUACAAAGUCAUAGCCGCUCGCCAACCCCGUUACAUGGGCGCAAACAUCAUUCCCCUGAACGUGACCGGGGCUCAAACCGUCGACGUAGAAGUUACCGGCUCCAUGAAAUUCACAGCAACACUUGUCGUCCGAAACAUGAAAUCUGGCGUUGUAACAUAUACGGAGCUUGAAAAUGGCGCUGGAUGGGCGGACGUGGUAGUUGGCGACGAGGCCAGUCUGGUUGUCGCGAAUACACCCGAGACAUUGAUCAUGUAUAAGCCAUAUGCUCUCUCGCCGGAAGUUUCGAAGGGACUUGAUUACUCGUUUACUAUCUGUGGGGCAACUGUGCUAAAUGGGUAUCCAAGUCCUGAAAUGUGA